AUAUUCUUUUCAGUUUUAGUUACACUGAUGAUUUUGCGAACGAAGGAUAGAAUUUAAUAUUCUCCUGACUAAUUUUUGAAUUAAUUUUAAAUUGCCUCAGUGAUAAAAUAUUCGAAACUGAUAAAUACUACAAAAAUUCUAAUUUAGGAAAAUAGAAAAAAGACAGAAAAUAAAAAUUUAAAAAAGGACUGACAGACUGAUAAAUAAUAAAUAAAUAAACCAGACCAUCGAAACAUUUUUCGACUAUUCUAAAAAAAAAGUGAAAGCUAGUGUUUUUUCUUUUCCAUAUUUUCCGAAAAUCGAAAAAAAGAAUUUAUUAAAUAAAUAAAUAAAAAUAUCACAAAUAGGAUAAAAUUAAAAAAUACAAAAUAUCUUUCAGUGAGAAUGUAAAAAAAAAAUCCUAUAUUUAGAUAUUUAUAGUCAAUAUCUUUAAUGCUCAUAAAAACAAAUUAAUAAACAAAGUGAAGAAACGUGUGUAAGCAAAUAAUUGAAAACCUUGUAAAAAAGAAGAAUUUAUUUUUAUAUUUUCAGAAGAUUACGAGUGCAUAAAUUUUUAUAUGAAUUAAAGAAAUGAGUUGUCGUUUUCUAUUCUAUUAUCAAUGCAUACAAUUGAUGAUAAUUGUUUGUAUCGCUGAAUUUUCAUUCCAAGAAGAAGUUUAUGGCAGUUCCUGUGUACUUGACAAAGAUGAGAAAGGCAUUUGUAAAAAUAUAACACAAUGUCCAAAAAAAUUAAAGGAAACUCGCCUAGGAUUAAGAGACAUAAAUUCAAGCGAUCGAUGUGGUUUCAUAGGCGUUAUGGAAAUUGUUUGUUGCCCCUUAAAUUUCCAUGAUAAAAUUGGUCUUCGACCUGCUGACAUAGCUUGUCAACAAUUUGAAAAUGAAAUUCCCGUGAAUGAUGGAUUAGGUUUUCACAUUUUUAAUGGAGAAGAAGCGAAUCAAGGUGAAUUUCCUUCGAUGGCAGCAUUAGGAUAUCGCGAUAAGGAAAACAAAAAUACAAUUAUUUAUAAUUGUGGCGGCUCUUUGAUCUCAACACUUUAUGUAUUAACUGCUGCGCAUUGUAUGAUAAAUAUAAAUAAUCAAGUUCCAGUAGAGGUGCAAGUUGGUUCCAUCAAUCUUGACGUCACCACAGAACGUACCCAACGAAUUUUGAUUGACGAAACAUAUCCUCAUCCAAAAUAUAAAUUUAAUGCUCAUUAUUAUGACAUUGCACUCAUAAAAUUACGAAAUCCCGUCCGUUUGACGACAACGGUUCGGCCAAUUUGUCUUCAAACGAGACGAGUUACUAAGGAUGAUAGUCAAAAUAGUUCAUUAAUUGUAAUCGGAUUUGGAGCCACAAGUUUUGAUACUGAGAGAUCUUCAAAGUUGAUGAAAACUCCUGGCCUAGAUUUCGUGAAUAGAACCGAAUGUGAUAAACACUACAAACAAGUUAGAAAACUUCCAAAUGGAAUUGAUCAAAACAUGAUUUGCAGUAGAGAUUCAAAUACGACAAGACGAGCGGACGCUUGUCAAGGUGACAGUGGAGGGCCACUCAUUGUACGAAAGAAAAAUACUCAAUCCCUCAUCGGUAUUACUUCAUUUGGUUCAGCUUGUGGAAGUAUUGUACCAGGUGUUUACACCGGUGUCUUUCCAUUUUUAGACUGGAUUGAAAUGCAAGUCUGGGGAGAAGAAGUCCUCGUUUAUCCCGAGGCAAUUCUUUCAUCAGAAGGAAAUUGAUAAUUAUAAUUAAAUAAAAUUACAACCAUAAUA